GACCGAUUACGCGUUUCUACGCAUGCGCCUAGCUAGCCAACGUCGCCAUGACAUCGCCUUCAAGUGUGAUCUGGGAUAAGCAGUUUUAGCCUAUCUUCACACUGUCGUCUUUGGUUGCGGCCCCGAGCGCCACUUCAGCACGUCGAUGACGUCAACCACAACAAAAUGUAUCGUGUGCUUAUUGAUGUUUAGCUAGGAAAUUGUCACUGAUUGAAUUAAUUGAGCAAAUUGCGCAUUUCAAAUCAACUAAAACUAUUAGCGUUAGCUGGAUAAUAUUGCAAUAGUCAGUGACAUAUCGUGGUUCUUCUCUGGUUCUUUAGACUUCUAGCUGCGCGGCGCCGUUAAAAUAAAGUCGACCUGGAACGCGCAACACCGCAGCCUUCAGAGCAGUCAGGCUAGCUAAGACUGUUAUUUUCAAAGCUUAUAUAGCUAAAAUAAAUCAGAAUGGAUGAUAUUUUAAAUUGCAAACCAGAGCUCUUGGACGAUUAUUACGGGUUACUCGGAUGCGACGAGUUAUCUUCGACAGAACAGAUUGCCAAUGAAUACAGAGUAAGGGCCUUGGCAUGCCAUCCAGACAAGCACCCUGAGAAUCCAAGAGCAGUGGAAGAGUUUCAGAAGUUGCAGGAAGCCAAGGAGGUUUUGUGCAAUGAAAAAAGUAGAAGAAACUAUGAUGUAUGGAAAAGAAGUGGAAUUACCAUACCAUUCCAUGGCUGGCUAGCCCUUGGCGACUCUGUCAAAACUUCAAUGCAUUGGGCUGUGAGGACCAAAAAGGAGCCCAUGCUGGAGAGCUCUAAAGCAACAUUCCCUAACAGUUCCCAAGACAGAGACUGUACUGACCACGAGGUACCAGAGAUGCCUUCACCAGAUGCAGUGCCAUCAUCAAGUGAUUACUGCCAUCGCCAUUUUCGGUGGGCUUCUGACUCCCCAUCCAGUCUUCUGCGGAAAUUCAGAAAUUAUGAAAUCUAAAUGGAAAGUGUUGUCAGUUUCCUUGUGAAUAAUGUUACUUGUCGGCUCCCAUAUUCACCUUAAUUGUAUGUAAUUGCUACACCAAUUGUAUUUUAUCUAUCAGGUGUAACCUAUUAGACCCUCUGUGGAAAAUUAUAAUGAAAUUCCCCAGUUUUGCCAUGGCGUAGGCCCUAGGGUAUGGAGCAUAUAUAUUAUUUAUAUACAGUGAGGGGAAAAAGUAUUUGAUCCCCUGCUGAUUUUGUACGUUUGCCCACUGA